AUGUCUUCAACGAAGAACAACCCACUCACCCUAGAAUCCCUCCCCCUUGCCAAUAAUGCGAACCAGCUCGACCGCUCCCUCUCCUGGAUCGGCGCCACUGGCCUCGCAUUCACAAUCACAAACUCAUGGAUGAGCUACGCCGCAACCUUCGGCACCGCACUAACCAACGGCGGCGGCAUCACAGUCCUUUUAUCCGUGCUGAUUGCUGGCUUCGCGCAGUGGAUUGUCCUGCUCGGUGUGUGCGAGAUGGUCUCUGCAAUUCCUUCUUCUGGUGGCUGCUACCAUUUCACGUACUUCCUCGCGCCGAAGAAAACUCGCACCUUCGCUUCCUUCACCGUGGGCAUCAUCAACCUCCUCGGUUUCUGGAUUGGCGGCGUGGCUGGUUCCAUAUACACAAUAACAUCGAUUUUCGGGAUCAUCGCGGUCUGGGUUGAUGGGUUCUAUCCGACUCAGUGGCAGGUUUAUCUUGCUUAUGUGGCUCUGGUUUUGCUCUCCCUCAUCCCAAUCUUCACAAUCCCACCCUCGAAAACCAAAUACCAAACAACCGCAUCCCUAACCCUCUCCCUCCUCCUGCUAACCCUCCUCGUCGCCGUGCUCACAUCCCUAGCCCGGAGCCAGUACCAGAAGACCAACCUAUCCCUCCACCAAAAUCGAAGCGGGUAUCCAGAUUCAACCGCAUGGCUCCUCAGUAUCAGCGCGGGGAUGUUCUCCUUCUCACCAGCAGGAACAGUCGUACAUCUAUCCGAGGAAGUGAAGGGGGCCGGACGGGGGAUUCCUGUUGCUAUAAACACGACCAUGGCCCUGGGUCUACUUACCACCAUCCCAUUUGCAAUUGUUCUGCUUUUGGGUAUGCAGGACGUGCAGGCCGUGCAGGAUGCCUGGAUACCCAGUCUGCAGGCGUUCUAUCAGGCGACAGGGAGUAAGUCUGUUGCGACGGGGCUGCAGGUGUGUCUGGUGCUGCUUUAUUUCGGUAUGUCCGUCCUUGACUUCCUGGGUAUACUGUGCUUUGGAUAA